AUGCCUAUGAAAGCAAAAAAAAAAACUCAAGGUCCAAGUCUUUAUAAAACGUUUGUCGAUGCUUAUAUGAAAGCUCGACCUAAUGAAAGACGAGAUGUAAAACAUCGUAAUGCUCAACUUGAAUGGAGUGAAAUAAAAUGGAAUGAAGAAUAUGUUAAAGAAAAAAUGGAGGAAUAUUUAGAAAUAUAUAAUGAACUUGGUACAUCUUCUGAUCAAGGUCUUGAACGCAUGCCAGUGCCUAAUUCUUCAAAGCAAUCAAAAACUACUCGAAGUCGACCAGCAAAAAGAAUUAAGACAAAUGAAACAAAUGAAAGAAUGAAUCAAGAUAAUAAUGAAAGUAAAAAAGAUGAUGAAGAACCGAAUAAUAUUGACGAUCUUCAUGAUAAUGAUGAUGAUAAAGAUGAUGACCAUGACGAUGAUGUUGAUAAAAAUAAUCAAGGAAAAAAUAAGGUACUAGAUUAUCGUAUUAAAAGACGUAAACCAAUUCCUGUAGAAUUGAUUGAAGAUCUACGUGAAUUACCACCUUUAGGUAAAAUUCCAUUAGAACCAUUAUCAAAAACCAAACGGCAACCAGCACAAGAACGUGCUUAUAAAGAACUAAGUACUAUUAAUGAUCGAAUUGCUUCAUUAGUACAAGUUAAACAAAUGGGUUUAUUAACAGCAGAAAAUAGAAAACAAUUAAAACAAUUAUUUAAAGAUAGACAAACAAAAACUUUUGAAAUUAAACGUCUUCAAUCAAAACAGAGAUCUUCAACUAGAUAUAAAGAUAGACGAAAAAGGAUUGUUGAUCGCUUAUUUGAAACAAAGCCUGAACUACAUCCACAAUUAAAAAAACUCUAUCGUCCUGGCACUGGUCGACCCCGUGUUGAAGAACAAUGUCCUGAUUUAUUACAAAUAAUUGAAGAAAUUGCAAAAGCUGGUGGAGCAAGUGAUGAUCGAAGACGAUCAGCAACUAUUCGACCUUGUUUAACAUUAGAUGAUUUAAGAGAAAAAAUAAAACAACGAGGUUAUGAUAUUAAAAGAACAACACUUUAUUAUCGUCUUUUACCUCAUCGUGCAUCAUCAAUAGAUGGUCGUCGUCAUGUUUAUACUGCUCCAGUUCGUCUUCGUCGUGCUCAAAAUGAUGAUCAUGGAAGACAUGAAGAUGGUCAUUUUGCUACAGCAACAAUACGUUAUGCGAAAGAUUUAGCUUCAAUAUUUGGCAAUGAUUGUGUUUUUUAUCUAUCUCAAGAUGAUAAAUGUAAAGUUCCAUUAGGUUUACCUGCAGCUAAAAUUCAAGCAUCAAUGGUAAUGCAUUUGAAUUACCGAAUACGUUUACCAGAUCAUGAUUGGAUAGUUGCACCUCGACAUCAAUUAAUACCAAGUGUAUAUGCAGCAUGUCUUUUAUCUGAAGAUGGAGAUUUAGGUUAUUCAGGUCCAACAUAUAUAGCCAUACGUUCAUCUAAACAUGAUCUAUCAACUGCUGUUUCUCAUGCAUUAGAUUUUGAUCGUCUUGUUUGCUUAAAUGAAUUUGAAAAUGUAGCACGUGAUGAAACUGGACAAGUUAAACCAAUUGUUAUUGUUACUGUUGAUGGUGGUCCCGAUGAAAAUCCACGUUUUCCAAAAACACUUGUUUCAAGUAUUAGAAAAUUUAAGAAAUAUAAUUUAGAUGCACUUUUUGUUCUUACACAUGCUCCUGGUCAAUCAGCUUAUAAUAUAGUUGAACGUCGUAUGGCUCCAUUAUCUCAUGAUUUAGCUGGUCUUAUAUUACCACAUGAUUAUUUUGGUUCACAUUUAACUGAAUCAGGUGUAACAACAAAUGUUGAUUUGGAAAAAUUAAAUUUUCGUAAAGCUGGACAAAUCUUAGCUGAAAGAUGGAAUCAAUCUGUUAUUGAUGGAUUUCCAUGUGUUGCUGAAUAUAUUAAUCCACCAGCGACAUCAGAAGAUGAACGUAGACAAAUUGAUACUAAAACUGUUAUGGAUGAACUUUUACUAAAGAUUUGUGCUGGAGAAGAAGCAGAAGAAGGCCAUGAAUUUCGUGUCCGUGCAUCGGAUGAAUAUUAUCAAGAAAAUGCUCGUGAACCAAGAGAAAAAUUUGGUGAACAACCAAAAUAUAAUAUUGAUGAAUAUUGGUGCGCUAUACAUGUUUUACAAACACAAUAUACUUUACAAAUUAUUCGUUGUAAUUCAGUCGAAUGUUGUGGUGAAUGGCGUUCAAAUUAUGGUGAAAUAUUUCCUCAUCGAUUUUUACCAUCACCUGUACCAUUCGAACGUACACCACAUGGUCUUAGAAUGGCAGAGAGAGAUUAUCAAAGAGGACAAUUUUAUGGAUCAUUAUUUCAACGAAUUCAAUAUCAUGGUGUUGUUAUUCAACAUACACAGGUUAAAAGAAAAAAAAAACUUUUAUUUGCUGUUAUUUAUCAACAAUUGAGUAGAAAAACGACCAGUUAG